GACCCCCCUGUUUAGAGUUCUCAGUGGUAUCUCCCACCUGACUCCACCCCUCCGCUCCGCUGAUAGUGGACUGGUCCGUGACGUUUCUCUGUGUGUGUGUGUUUUGUUUCGGUGGGUUUAAAAUGUCUCGGGUGUCGCAGAGUUUACUGAUCUGUGGGAGCUGAAUUUCAAACCGCAGACCGCAGGGCUGUCUGGUGCAGUGCGUGGCUGUGCGGGACAGUGCGGGGCGGAGUGUUACGGAGUGUGCGGCUGUAAUUCAGCUCAGUAACCGGACUGAAGGAAGAGGAGCGCCGGGAGAUUAUUGGGACUAACCGGUUUAGCGGGUGGAUACAGCGGGGCUGCGGGCGCGCUGCUGUACCGGCAGCCCGGCUCUGAGUCCGCGGGCUUCGGGUCUAGAUCGGGAAUGGCCCGGGUCUCCCGUUUUUUCCCGAGAUAAACACACAGACAGCGCGCGGCAGCAGCAUCAGCAGGGACGGACGGGAUGCGCGCGGAUGUGGAGUACAGCCCGGUCGGGGAGGGACUGGGCAUGCGCGACUACUGGCUGUACGCGUGCAUGCGCAAGGUGGCCGUCGUGGGCGCGCACGGGGUCGCGCUCGGCUUCACCGCGCUCGUGUCCGCGCUCGCGCGACCCGGGACCAGUCUCUUCUCUUGGCACCCUGUCUGCAUGUCCUUUGCGUUCUGUCUCUGCAUGACUGAAGGGAUCCUGCUCUUCUCGGCUGAGGGCAGCCCGCUCUGCUUCAAGUCCCGCAAAGGGAAGAUCCGCAUGCACUGGAUCUUCCAGGCUCUGAUGCUGCUGGCCGCCGCCACCGGCCUGGGCUUCAUGGUGGCCAGUAAGAACGUAUCCGAGCUACCCCACUUAACCUCCUGGCACAGCUUGCUGGGCGUGGCGACCCUGGCGGCUACAGCGCUGCAGGCGGCCUGUGGCGUCUGCCUGCUUUUCCCCAAACUCCUGGGCAUCCAUUCGGUGCCUCGCCUGCGUCUCUACCACGCCACUUGCGGCCUGGUGGCGUACCUGCUGGCCACCGUCACUGUCAUGGGGGCCAUGUUUACGGACUGGUUCCAGGCCACUGUGAAGGGAGUCAUGUGGUAUGGCUUCCUGCUGCUGCCGCUGUUUCCCGCUCUGGUAGUCAUGAACCAAAUCACUAACGCCUUCCUGCCUAAGAAGAAGCUAACCACGUGAAGAGCUACGGCGGCUCAGGCUGGCUCCAUUUAGACUUUCCUUCAUAUGAAUGUGUAAAACGACAGCACUGUAACGGCUAAUACUGAUGUUAGCAUCAAACAUUUGGAAGGCACGUACUGUAGCUUUUCUAAACCUUUUAAUACUAAUGAAUGGCUUCAUAACAUGAUAAAGGGAAAUUCCAACCAUUUCUCACAAUUUAGUGGAAUUAAUUUAACUAAACUACUGACUAUUAGGAAAAACAUGGACAUUGUAGUUCCAUUUCCUUUGGGUUUAUAGAAAUUUAGACAAAUAAUAAAUAUACCAUGGUGUAACAUUCAAGGGCAGCCUGAAUGUUCUCUGCUGUCUUAAGAUUUAAGACUACAAAUAAAUAAAUAAAUAAAUAAAGGCUGCAACAUACAGCACCAGUCAGAAGUUUGGACACACCCUAUCAUUCAAUGUUAUUCUUAAUCACAACAAUUAAGAGACACAUGUGGACUUACGCACUGUAUGUCCUCCACAAUCACAUGACCUGAACCUGAAGAACUGAGAUGGUGAUUUAAAAUGUACAGUUUUAGACAUUUUAAGUCGUAAUUAAAUACACUUUUUUCAGUUGUGUUUAUUUAGAUCCCUCAUCUCUCAAUUCUGUUCAAAUAAAGAUUGAAUAUCCAUAUAUUUCAAUACAGGCUAAAAUACAGGGUUUAAUGGAUUGUCCUACUUUAUUCACCUAAUUGUUGCCUAUUAAGCUUUUGCCCUAUCAUGUUAAUCCUCUCAGUGAGAUUAAAGAAAGCAUGAAACCUUCCACUUCUUAACCUACAUAUUGUUAUAACUGGACAGUUUAUCUGAUCUCAUGAACACUAUUUUUAUUUAAACUAAUUUAAAACCUUUUUCCCCCCAUUCAGCUUCUUUCCCAUUUGUCGUAUUAAUUUAGCAAAUCAUGUCUCUCAGUCUGGUUAUGUUUUAUGCACUAAUGACUACAUGAUUGUGUUGGUGACAGUUCAUUUUGUUGCCUAUUUCUUGUAUCUCCAUGGAUUGUGUAAUACGGUCACUCAGUCUGCUGAGAUUACUACUGGAUUAAAAAGGAUUUGCUCUGGUGAAAUCUCCAUUUCCAGUCAACUUCCACUUUCUGCACACUGACCUUUCAGCCUUUCAUGUGUCUGAACAUAUCACUGUAAAAUAAAUAAAUAAAGAAUACAUAUAUAAAAAGAAU